AUGGCAGGUAGAUGCAUAAAGCAAAGGUUGCUGUGUAACGGGGACAACGAUUGUGGAGACAAUUCAGAUGAAACUUGUGAUGAUGGGAAAGAUCCAAAACCGGCGUGCAAAACAGAUAUUGAAUUGUCUGAAAUAGCAAGAACGGCCGGAAGCGGUUAUAACGUUCUCGGAAUGGAAACAAAGGCAAACACCUUUGACCCUGAAUUUUUUAAUGGUAACUGUGAUAAAGUCCGCGAUGGUAAUACCAGAACCUAUUACCGGAGGCCAUGGAAUGUUGCAGCUCUUGUUUAUCAGACCAAAGCUGAUAAAUCUUUUACAACAGAAACCUAUGAUGAUGCUACAUCAGUGAUUACUAAGCUCAUAGAGGAAAAGACGCAGACGGUGGAUGGAUCAUUAUCUGCGAAAUUGACACCUACAAACCUCAAUGGCACCACCAUAGGAGGAAAACUAGGAGGAAACUGGACCAGAAAAGACAGUAUACAAAAAGUCAAAGAAUAUACUACAAGAUCGAACAAACAAUUUUUGAGAGUAUCAGGAACUGUGCAAUUGGGCACAUUCCAAAUGAGAACUAGAAAUAUUGCGUUAACAUCUACGUUCAUCGAUGACAUCAACAACCUCCCGUCCUUCUAUGAUAAGGGAGAAUAUUUCGCAUUUCUAGAAGUGUAUGGGACUCACUAUGCUUUAUCCGGCAGCGUCGGUGGAAGAUAUGAACUUGUAUAUGUGCUGGAUACCAUAAUUAUGAAAAACAAGGACAUUGAUACAAGUACCGUAACAAAGUGUCUUGGAUUUAAUGCUGGCAUAAACGUGAAAUCUACGGGGUUUAAUGUUGACGCUGGUGUAAAACCUUCAAAUUGCGAUGUAAUUGGUUCAAAUAAAGAAGAUGGAAAAAACACUUCUGGGGUAAUCGAGAAGACCAUCUCAUUUGUGGAAGGAGGACAAAUAGAUUUUACUACAAUUCUAGAAGAACAACUCUCUAAGAGAGAGAAAGAAAUUGAUGCUGAAUUCUUUUCUAAGUGGGCUUCGUCCUUAAUAGAUGCACCAGUGACUAUAAAACAAAAGCUCCAACCAAUUUAUAGUCUCGUUCCUGUUGACUUACACAACGCCUAUAACAAAACAAAGUUCUUGGAGAGAGCCAUUGAAGACUUUAUUGAGGAAUACAGUGUGUGCAAAUGCCAGCCGUGCCAGAAUGGCGGCACUGUGGUGCAUAUUGAUGGGGAAUGUGUGUGUACAUGCCCUCUGCAAUUUACUGGCCUAGCCUGCCAGACACUAAAGAAAGAGGCGUUAAAGAAGCCUGACGUGUCUGAAGAGGGUCACUGGAGCUGCUGGUCGCCCUUGUCUCCCUGCGAAAAUGGAUUAGCGACAAAAACCCGAACGUGCAACAGCGUGGAUGGCAGCAGCGUGUGCCACGGAGAAAGCAGUAAAACAGUUGAAUGUUAGACCUGCGGUAUUCAACACCAAGAAUAAAGAUUUUACCUAUCUUCACUACUUAUUUUAAAUUGUAAAGCGCAACGGAAUUUGCUGCGCUAUAUAAGAAACUGUUAAUAAAUAAAUAAAUAAAUAUGUAGUGAUCACAA